AUGUUUUUUGUCUUUUUAAUAGCAAAAAUAUACUUAAUUAAAUCUUAGAAUUGCUAUCCAUUUGAUGAAAAAAUCAUUCUGGGAGAUUAUUAUUAUUCUAAAAUUGAGGGUUAGACAAUGGUUAUACUUUAAUAUAAAUCGUAUGUAUUAUUGAUAUAUUAAAAAUAGGAAGAGUGUUAAAUAUAUUCUCAGAUUAAUAAAUUAAAAUUGAGAUUUGAAUCAAUAUUUAUUGAAAAUCUCAUUUAUGUUUACACAACCAAUAUCUAUUAGAACUAAUCAUUAUAAUUUAACAAAGAUUAUAAUAUCAAAUUGGGUUAAAAAUCUUUAAUUUUGAGAUUACCUUUAAAAAAUGGAAAUCAACCAUUUUCUAUAUUAAACCAUUUUAGAGAUUUAUAAAUAUUGAUUUAAAACUCAUCUCUAAGAUUUGAAACAUAGAAAUUAGAUGUGAGUAGUGUUUAGAUUGAAUCAAUAGCAUUAAUUAUAAUAAAUUAUUGUAAUAUAAGUUAGAUAAUAUAACAUUUGUAGAUCAAUCUAGAUUUUUGUUGGUUUUGA